UUAUAUUAGUGCAGAACACUGUACCUUUAAUUUAAAUGCCCUUGGAGUCUGCUGGGGAAGAGAAAUAAUACUGUCAGUCAGUAUGACAUGCAGAUGAGUGCCGUCGAUCUUAGAAUCACCGCACACUUCACUCAUUUGGGCAGUCACGGGGCACUACGAAGAAGAUGAAGAAGAAGAUGAAGAAGAAGAAGAAGAUGAAGAAGAAGAAGAUGAAGAAGAAGAUGAAGAAGAAGAAGAAGAAGAUGAAGAAGAUGAUGAAGAAGAUGAUGGAAGAAGAUGAUGAAGAAGAAAGAAGAAAGAAGAGG